AUGUCACAGGAGGAGGAAUUUGACCAUGUUCUGUCGCACGUCAAUGGCGUGAUGACCAUCGGAGGCUUCUUCAAGAUGAAUGGCACAGCGGACGUAUACAUGCGGAAGAUCUAUGAUCACGUGGUGUCCGCCACCAAGCGCGGAGAGAUCUUCCCCUUCUGGGCGACCUGUGUUGGCAUCCAUGACAUGGUGCAGCUGGUCUCUGGGAAGGUCUAUGCUGAUUUCCUGACGCGCACCUACGCGGAGAACCUGGCGCUUCCACUGCAUUUUGAGCCUAGCGCUGACUUGAAAUUGCUCUUUGAUGAGGAAGUUCUGCCAGGCUCCAGCACCCUUCGACGCUGGCUCUCGGAUGAGCCACUCACCUUUCAUCACCACCAGUGGGGCAUCACGCCCAGCACCUUUCAUGGCAUCAAGGAGCUGAGGGAUGGCUUUCGAAUCCUGGCCACCAGUGAAGAUCGCAGUGGCACAACCUUCAUCUCCUUGUUGCAGGGCCGUCAGCAUCCGCUCUUUGCUUCGGCCUUCCACCCCGAGAAGCCCGCCUUCGAGUGGGGCUAUCACACUUCCGGGCUGCUGCAGAACACAGCGAUCCCUCACUCCCGACAGGUGCGGGGCAGUGGCGUUCUUCCGCUGCAGUGA